CUAUUUAGUUGAUGAUUUGAAGUUGCUAUCACAAGUCGCGUGGACAAAGUGUAGAAGAAGGUGCUGAGAGCUCUCUACAACAUCACAAUACAAUACAAAUUCUGCAAAAAUGUUGAACAAGGUUACCAUACCAUAUGCAUUAUCCUUGUGGCAUUUAUUUGCCUUUGCUGUGCUGAUAUUUGCCGCAUUGCCAGUAACCCCAGCUAAUGUACCAUUGCCAAUGAACGAGUCGGCUAACUCAGCGAAGGCAGAGCGCAAGGCUUCAUUGCGAGGACAAGCUGUAAUUGAUAUGGUACCCAUGGCAGAACGCUCCGCUUUUAUACGCUACGAAUUGUCAAAAGCAUUGAAUCGUACUAAUUUCGCAGCAAACAAUCGCACAGGCCGUAUUGGAGAGCCACGCUUAUUUUUAGACCAAAACCUUUUGUUGGAUCCCGCACAAUUGGUGACAUUCGAGAGCAUUCCCACCUACCCGGAAUUUGCCGAUGAGUUACUCGUUUGGGUGCGCGACCGUCUGGAAAUUGCGGAAGAAAACAUAUUUAGUUUCCUCGAUGCUCGUUCCAGCGCACCCAUAAUUUGCACAUCCCACGGCAUGUGCUUUCAGCAAGACGACUUUGGUUGGUUAUGUUGUCCAUUUUAAGGAAUUUCAGUUUAAAAAAUAUAAUAAAUGAAAUAUUUUUAUAUAUGUAUUCCAAAAAAAAAAAAAAAAACAUCGCAUCAAUGCGUUUUUCAAGCACUACUAGCACAAUGAAAAGUGAGGCUCAUUUAAAAUGUUUAAUUUGAAAUAAAGUCCAUUUAUUGUCUGAAUAAAAUGGUAUGCGUCUUAGCUAAAUUUAUUGGAAUAUAAGCCAAAAUGGAGGCAACACUCCUUAAAACACAUACAAAUAUAAGGAAUUAUAGAAUUAUGCUGAAUAUAGAACAUUAAAUGACAUAAAAACUUAAAUAAAG